AUGCGGGGACUGGGUCUUAUCGCCGGCUUGAUUGUUGCACCUCGCGAUAAACGGGCCGAGGCAGCUCGUCCGCUGCUUGGCUCUUCUUCUUUCUCCUCCUCCGCCUCUUCUUCCUCCGUCACUCUUUAUCACAAUUCAUCCGUGCGACAGUUCCCAAAGCCCAGACUGCUGCUUCGCUGUCUGCUCUACCCGAUCGCCGGUUUCUUGAUCAUGCUAGGCAUUGUGCAAUUUAUCGCCAUCGCCUGCGGCAUAGUUAUCGCAUUCUUCCCCAGCGAAAUCGACCGUGCAACCGAGCGGUGGCAAUCGCACAGCACAACCCAGGCUAUCGACCUCUCCCACUGGCCCACCGAUGCCUCGCGUGACAUCAUCCCCGUUGCCUGCCACUCGCACAACGACUAUUGGCGUCCCGUGCCGUUAUUCUCCGCCAUCCAGGCCGGCUGCAUCGGCGUCGAGGCCGAUGUCUGGCUGUUCGACGAGGAGCUCUACGUGGGCCACACCACCUCCGCGCUGACUCCGAAACGCACCCUGCGCAGUCUGUACAUCGACCCGCUGCUCCGGGUCCUCGAGCAGCAGAACCCGCUCACCGAGUUCCACCCCCAACUCCAACGGCCCCUCCAGGGCGUCUUCGACACCGACCCCGCCCAGACCCUGGUGCUGCUGAUCGACAUCAAGACCGACGGCCAGGACACCUGGGACCAAGUCGCCGCCCAGCUGACUCCGCUGCGGGAGCGCGGCUACCUCACCUCCUUCAACGGCACCGCCCUCAUCCCUGGCCCGAUCACCGUCGUCGGCACGGGCAACACCCCCUUCAGCCUCGUCACCGCCAACACCACCUACCGGGACAUCUUCUUCGAUGCGCCGCUCAACCUACUCCCCGAAGACGGAGCCGCGGAGGGAGCCGCGGACGCCGCCCAAGUCUCGUCGCCAACUGAACCACCGCACGACCAGCUCCCGCAAGCCGUGAACACCGCCCGUGAUGACGCAACCGCCCUUCCGCCGGCGGAAAAUGUCGGUCAGGGCCUCUCGGGCGUCACGCCGAAGUCCGAAUCCUUCGACUGGACCAACAGCUACUACGCCUCGGUCUCCUUCAAGAAAUCCAUCGGCGCCCCCCGCGCCUUCCGGCUCUCGGACCAGCAGGUCGACCGCAUCCGCGCGCAGAUCCGCGCCGCUCACCGCCGCGGCCUCCGAGUCCGGUACUGGGGCCUGCCCAGCUGGCCGCGCAGCCUCCGCAACCACCUCUGGGCCGUCCUGCUGCAGGAGGGCGUCGAUAUCCUGAAUGUCGAUGAUCUGCAGAGCGCGACCCGGCAGGAUUGGCGGCCGAAGUUGUCCGAUUUGUGGAGUUAG